GAGCCUGAGGGUGUUGUUCACUCAACACGGUAGUUUGAGCACGAUGACUUCUCCAGUGUUUGUCUUCUCUCUAGUGUGUCUGUUCUUGGGGAAAACUGGGCAGGCGACUUAUCGGAAAUUCUCGUUUCAACAUCAGGAGAAUAGUGUUAUAUCAGUUACUGUUGGUAAAAUGCUGACUUUACAGUGUGUCUAUGAACGCGUCAGUUCAACUAAGAUUUUCUGGUACAAGCAAAAUCUGGGAGAGAAACCAAGGGUCAUCUCUACAUCUUUUUUUUUUACUCAAAACGGCACUUUUCAUGACGAAUACAAGAACAAUCCACGCUUUGCACUGGAUUUAGAAACUGGUAAAAAUCACCUUCGGAUCUCAGAUGUACGCUUUUCAGACUCAGCUUUUUACUACUGUGCAAGAAGGGAUUCAGUGGGUGUUGUAUUUGCUGCAGGAUUUUUUGUCAGUGUGAAGGGUUCAGGUUUGAACAUCCCAGCCUCGGUCCAUCAGUCAGCAUCUGAGAUCGUCCAGCCAGGAGGCUCUGUCACUCUGAACUGUACAGUACACACUGGGACCUGUGAUGGAGGACACAGUGUUUACUGGUUCAAACAGUCUCAAGAAUCUCAUCCAGGACUCAUUUACAUCCAUGGAGGCAGGAAGGAUCAGUGUGAGAGGAAAGACAACACACAAACACACACCUGUGUCUACAACUUGCCAAUGAGGAGCCUGAAUCGUUCUCAUGCUGGGACCUAUGACUGUGUUGUUGCUUCAUGUGGACACAUGCUGUUUGGAAACGGGACCACGCUGGACUUUGAGGACAAAGUGGACUCUCCUGUCUUGGUGUAUUUCUUGAGCGGAGCUUUGACAUUCACCACCAUCCUGGUAGUUUUACUGGCUUUCUCAGUGUGCCAGAUGAAGAAGAGAGUAAGCUACUCAGAGACUGAAUUGAGAUCUUCAGCUCGCUCUACAUCAAAUGCAGAGGGUCACAGAGACGCAAACAACCUCCAUUAUGCAGCUUUAAGUGUCAACCUGCCCAACAGAUCAAGAAGACAGAGGAACAACACCAACAAUGAAUGUGUGUACUCCAGUGUGAAGCAUUAAAACUAGAGGAUGUUUCGUUACUACUUUGUUAAUAAGAUGGAAAAUUCUUAUGAUCCUGUGUUGUAUAUUUGUGUCUUGUAUUGGGAGUUAGAUCGCAACACAAUUUCAGUUCAGUUGUCAUUUCAAUGAUCCACACAAUG